AUUUGCUUUAUUGAUGAAAAAAAAAAAAAACACACAUACACACACAAGAAGAAAAUGCUAAGAAAAGCCAUUGCCAUGGCAGAAGGAGAGGCUAUACCUCUGCUAAGGAUGAGACGGUUGAAUAUGUCACUCGCAACAUGUGGUACCCUGUUUACAGCCCCCUAGUUCACGAGAAGUAGAUUAACAAUUAUUUUUUUCAACCAUGGAGGCUACAUCUAUGGGCAGCAACCAGUGCUCCAGAAUGAAUUGCAAAUUCACUUUUUAUCAAUUUCCUUUGUAUGAUUUAAUAAUACACUUACAUACUAAUGAUAUGUUUGUCUAAAUUGUGGGAAAGUUAAUGUUUUUUCCUCUGUACUGCUUUAUGAUGAUCUUGGAAUCUCAAACAAGUAAAAGCAUAUGUGAUAAAAUAAAUAAGUAUCAUUUAAAUAUAAACACUGUUUGUGAGUAUGGAGUAACAAAGUCUGUGAUUUAUGGUGUUUUGCUUCCUUACUAAAUUUUUUAUAACACA